AUGGUCGCGGAACGGAUCCGCCUGGCCAAGCGUUUCGAGGGCAUUGACACCGAGAACCAGAUUCUUCUGUCUCUUCUCGACCAGUCCUAUCACGCCCCGGAAGUCACCGAAGGCUCCUUCAACUCAACAAAGGUCUACCAUGAUCUGCAGAGGCAGUAUGCCCAGGGCGGCCCUGAUCCUCCCGGCACCUGCUGGCAAGGCUUCUUCGGCCAUCUUCACGGCUAUGGCAGCACCUAUUACAGCUACGUCUUUGACCGCGUGCUUGCUGAGCGAGUUUGGAGGGUCGUGUUCAAAGCCGGCGCGGACGGCAAGGCGCUGGACCGCGCCAACGGCGAGAGGCUCAAGGAGAAGCUCCUCAAGUGGGGUGGGAGCCGCGACCCGUGGCAGUGUCUCGCGGAUACGCUACAGGAUGAUCGCCUUGCUAAAGGUGACGACAAGGCCAUGGCGCUCGUCGGUAGUUGGGGUAUUAAAGACGACCAUGCUUGA